AAUUACUCGGGAGCAGGGGUGUAUUCGUCCAGGGGCUCUUAGACCCCUUACUUUUUUAGGAGCAGGGUCCCUAUGUUUCCAGCGUCCUAUGAGCCAAUCAGGAUGAAGGGGGUGUUAGCCACUGAGAAGAGUCUUCACACAUGCUCCCUUGUCCUUUCCUGCUGAUUGGAGCCAAUCAGAGUGAAAGGAGGUGAGUCAGCCACUGAGAAGGCUCUUCUCAGUAGCUAACGCUCUCUUUCAUGCUCAUUGCCUCAUAGGAGCCGCCAUGAGUUCCAGUUUUGGAAAAAAUGGCGGGGUAUAAAGACAAUAAUAAUAACAACAACAACAACAAUAAUAAUAGGAACAUUUGUUGUGGCGGAAGAAGGCAUUAGCAACAAUCUAAUUCGCAGUCCAGCAGCAAAAAGAGGGUAGGGUAGGGGGUGUGGCAUGGCAUGGCUAUAACUGUCAUGAAGGGAUCCUGCACUUCUGAGGCUCAUUUCCUUUUUAACAAAUAACAUCAUCUCACAUCGGGGCAGUUUACACCGAGGGACAGCCCCUUCAAGUAUGACGUGCGUCUGAUUUCCCGACGGGCUCUCUGCACAGGACUGAAGGAAGGCGCCCUCCUGACAACAUGUCUCAGGCUGAGUUUGAGAAAGCCGCUGCCAUGGUCACACAAAUGAAGGGGCCCAUCCCCAACGAGGACAUGCUGGAGAUCUACAGCCUGUACAAGCAGGCCACCCAGGGGGACUGUGGGACGCCCUGCCCGUGUGCCACUGACCUCAAAGGCAAAGCCAAAUGGGAGGCGUGGAGUAAACGGAGAGGGAUGGCAAAGGAGGAGGCCAUGAAGACCUACGUCGCCAAAGCGGAGGAGCUGAAGAAAAAGUAUGGCGGCUGAUGGCAGAGAGGGCAGCAGGCGGUCCAGCUUCCAGGCGCUUGGUGCAUAUGCCUGGCUGCAGUUCCAUCCUUUUCCACCCCAGCUGUUCUUGGGCGGGCUAAGGCAAUAAAGUGCAUU